AUGGAGGCCGCCUGCCUCACCCUCCGUGAAUCCCUCCGCCGCGACGCCACCAAGGAGACGCAGGCGCUGCAGACGGAUGAGCUGCAUAAAGACGACCAGGCCACACAAACGGCCUGGCCGAAGGAGAUGACGAUAAGUCGGGCCACACACGCCACAUUAGAAGGCAAGGGAGCACGUCAGGACUCAUGUGUCCAAACCAAGGAGUUUGUGAAUCACAGCCACUAUCUUGUGGAUAGAGAGAUCCUGGACGUCACCAACCCGGACAUUGACGACCGCAGUGAACAUCAAACGAGCUACUUGACCGUGACUGUGAUGGCAGAGUCUGGGAGAGGCAGCCAGGCAGGUGGCCAGGGCGGGCAGCUGGAGUCUGGCGACGGAGCAGGCGUGGGGCAGCCGGCGGCGCCCGAGGCUGCAGCGAAAGAGUCUGCUGAGGCACAGGCACCAGAAAGCAGAGAGGAAAGCCGCAGCAAGCUGAUGGAAGCAGCUGAGGACUGGGACAUGGAGGAGGUCAUCGCGCUGGUGGCGGCAGGGGCGGAUGUGGGGGCGAGAGGAGAGUGCGAGACUACUGCUCUGCACUGGGCAGCGGAGAGCGGGCACUUGGAAGCGGUGAAGCGCCUGCUGGGGGCUGGGGCAGAGGUGGACGCCAGAGACAACAGACAAGUCACACCUCUGCACUUGGCUGCAUAUGAGGGCCACACACCUGUGGUGCGACUGCUGCUUGGGGCAUCAGCUGACCCCAACGCUAGAGAUGCUCUAGGGAGGACGCCACUGCAUGAUGCAGCAAGAGAGGGCCAUUUAGAUGUGGCGACUGCACUGCUUGAGGCAGGGGCAAACAGUGGGGUCAGGGAUCCAAAGGAAGACAAGCCCCCUGGUUAUCGUCAGAGAGCAAAAUAA